GUCGUCAGUUCCGGGCAGCGGCGGCGCGGGGCCCUGCUUCCGCUUUCCUCUGAGGCGCGGGCUUGGGUCUCAGCCUGCUCGGGAUUAUGGCGGCUACGGCCACAAUGGCGACCUCGGGCUCGGCGCGGAAGCGGCUGCUCAAAGAGGAAGACAUGACCAAAGUGGAAUUCGAGACCAGUGAGGAGGUGGACGUGACCCCCACGUUCGACACCAUGGGCCUGCGGGAGGACCUGCUGCGCGGCAUCUACGCCUACGGUUUUGAAAAACCAUCAGCAAUCCAGCAGCGAGCUAUUAAGCAGAUAAUUAAAGGGAGAGAUGUCAUUGCACAAUCUCAGUCUGGUACAGGCAAAACAGCCACCUUCAGUAUUUCUGUCCUCCAGUGUUUGGAUAUUCAGGUUCGUGAAACCCAAGCUUUGAUCUUGGCUCCAACGAGAGAGUUAGCUGUACAGAUCCAGAAGGGCCUGCUUGCUUUGGGUGACUACAUGAACGUCCAGUGCCAUGCCUGCAUUGGGGGCACCAACGUGGGGGAGGACAUCAGGAAACUGGAUUAUGGACAGCAUGUUGUCGCUGGCACACCUGGGCGUGUCUUUGAUAUGAUUCGUCGCAGAAGUUUGAGGACACGUGCUAUCAAGAUGUUGGUUUUGGAUGAGGCUGAUGAAAUGUUGAAUAAAGGUUUCAAAGAACAGAUCUACGAUGUGUACAGGUACUUGCCCCCAGCCACUCAGGUGGUGCUUAUCAGUGCCACACUGCCCCAUGAGAUCCUGGAGAUGACCAACAAGUUCAUGACCGACCCUAUCCGCAUUUUGGUGAAACGUGAUGAACUGACUCUAGAAGGCAUCAAGCAGUUUUUUGUGGCUGUGGAGAGAGAAGAGUGGAAGUUCGACACGCUGUGUGACCUCUAUGACACGCUGACCAUCACUCAGGCUGUUAUCUUCUGUAACACCAAGAGGAAGGUUGACUGGCUGACGGAGAAGAUGAGGGAAGCCAACUUCACCGUGUCAUCCAUGCAUGGGGACAUGCCCCAGAAGGAGCGCGAGUCCAUCAUGAAGGAGUUCCGGUCGGGCGCCAGCCGAGUGCUCAUUUCUACAGACGUCUGGGCCCGGGGGCUGGACGUGCCCCAGGUGUCCCUCAUCAUUAAUUACGACCUGCCCAACAACAGAGAGCUGUACAUACACAGAAUUGGGCGAUCAGGUCGAUAUGGCCGAAAGGGUGUGGCCAUUAAUUUUGUGAAGAAUGAUGAUAUCCGAAUCCUCAGAGACAUUGAGCAGUACUACUCCACUCAGAUUGACGAGAUGCCCAUGAACGUUGCUGAUCUGAUUUGAACAAUCUGCUUGCUGGAGCCUGUUCACCUAUUUUGUAUCAAUUUGGAAAUAUUUAGGGGCAGUUUCUAUUUAAUGGGUUUUAUGUGAACUCCCUUCUCAAAGUCCCCCCAUGACAAACUUUGGAGAUUCUGCCACCUUUUCUUACCCACGUGUAAAUAAUGCAUUGCUUUAAGUCUUUUUCAUUAAACAUUUAACACUUUUCCCAUAAA